AAAAAAAAAAAAAAAAAACUGGGAGGAGUGAGCUCCACGCCCCCUUGCUUGCGUCGUCCGCCCCCCGUCUCCAUCCAGAUCCCCACCCCUCCUCAUUCCCACUCCACUCCCAGAUCCGCGCGAAUGCUGGGCCGCGCGGCGGGGCUGUCGGCGCCGCGGUGGCGCGGCGGGGCGAUGGACCUGCGCGCGGCGCUGCGGUCGGGGGGCAACCUCCUCUUCGCGCUCUUCGUGGCCGCGGUGCUCGCCUUCACGCUCCUGGCGGCGGUCCACAGCCCCGAAGACCCGCUGCUCCACCCGUCCUCGCACCAGCUCACCGACUUCCUCACCUCCGCCACGUCCACCUCCACCUUCCUCGCCGACGACUCCGUGCUCCGCACCGGGGAGGAUUUCAACUCCUCUUCCUCUUCCGCCGCCGAGGCCGGCGGCGUCGACGGAGGCGGAGUCGUCGCGGAGGACGUCUCGUUCAUCAAGCUCUCGGACGUUGGGUCCGAGACCGAGAAGGCGGAGAGGGAGACGGAGCGGGCCGUCACCGUCGACACCGAGUCUGCCACGGGGGCGGCGGCCGAGGAGAACCCCAUCGCCGAGGCGGUCUCGUGCGACACGGAGGCGCCGGUGGACUGCACGGGGGACAGGGACCUCUUCAACCUGCUCAUGCGCACGGCCAUCGAACGGUUCCCUGACCUCAACUUCUACCGCUUCGGCCGCCCCGUCGCCGUGCCGGGCAGCCCCAUGGAGUGCGACCUCGCCUGGCGCUUCCGCCCAGCCGCCGACGCCAUCGGCAACGGCCGGACCACCUACUACAAGGACUACCGCCGCUUCGCGCUCACCCGCGACGUCAACACCUGCACCCUCGUCGUCGACAGCGUCGGGGAGUACCACUCGGGUGUCGGCGCCAAGCGCAGCGGCCGGCGCAAGGGGAAGAAGGGGAAGAAGGGCAAGCGUGAGGCGCCGGUGACUGACUUCGUGCCGGCCAAGACGCAGAUGAGGCUUGAUGAGAACGCGGCCAAUGAGGGCACCGCGGCUGUGGCCCAGCCGGUGCUGGUUGUUGGGGAGGCUGUCAAUGACAGCUUGCCGGUGGUUGCGUCCGAGUCCGAUUUCAGCCGUGGAAGGUACCUCAUUUACAUUGGCGGUGGCGAGAGGUGCAAGAGCAUGAACCACUUCAUUUGGGGGUUCUUGUGCGCACUCGGCGAGGCACAAUUCUUAAACCGGACGCUUGUCAUGGACCUCAAUGUCUGCCUCAAUGCACGGUAUACUGCUAGUGGCAAGGAUGAAGAGAAAGAUUUUAGGCUCUACUUUGAUUUCGAGCACUUGAAGGAAUCAGCAUCAGUCAUCGACCAAAGCCAGUUCUGGCAAGAUUGGGGGAAGUGGCACAAGAAGGAUAGACUGAAGAACUACUAUACUGAAGACAUCAAGAUGACCCCGAGGAAACUUCAUGACGUCAAGGACACCCUGAUCAUGAGGAAGUUUGGGAAUGUUGAACCGGAUAACUACUGGUCACGUGUGUGCGAGGGUGAGACGGAGGGAGUGAUCAAGCGCCCAUGGCAUUUCCUGUGGAAGUCCCGUCGCUUGAUGGAGAUUGUAUCUGCCAUUGCCUCACAGAUGAGCUGGGACUUUGAUUCGGUCCACAUCGUGAGAGGGGAUAAAGCCCAGAACACACAACUUUGGCCAAACCUUGAUAGAGAUACCUCGCCAGACAGCCUCCUUAUGACACUUAAUGAUAAGGUUGGUGCUGGCCGGCAUUUGUACAUCGCUACUAAUGAGCCCGACAAAUCGUUCUUUGACCCACUUAAGGAAAAGUAUAAAACACACUUCCUGGAUGAUUUCAAGGACUUGUGGGGUGAAAAUAGUGAGUGGUUUGCUGAAACUAAGGAGCUAAGCAAUGGUAAGCCAGUGGAAUUCGAUGGGUACAUGAGGGUUGCAGUCGACACUGAGGUGUUCCUGAGGGGGAAGAGACAUUUGGAGACAUUCAACGAUCUUACGCGUGAUUGCAAGGAUGGUGUGAAUACAUGCCCAGCUUCCUCCUGAACAUCUGGUGGCCUAAGGUGAGCCGAUAUCUGAAAUAUUAUGCUUGACAGAAUAUUUCCAUCUGUGUUGUUGGUUCCUCAUAAGCAUCCGUGGCCUUGUUGUAGCUAGCUAGCCGGUAUUAGUUUUUGUUAUACCACGAUUGCUGAUUUUGUGCCUCCAGAUUACAUUUGUCUGUUGAGUUCAUGCAUUGGACUUAUGCUGAGACAAUUUGUUGAUGUUACCUUAUUGCAGCUGUGUUUUGUAUCUCUCCUAUAGCUCAUCAAUUUUUCAAACCA